AACACUUCCUCCUUUUUCUCAAAAUGAGAAGAUGCCAAGCAAACCAAAUCGGGGUUCAAAUCUGGGGCAGCUUCCAUAUUCUCAUUUUCCAGGUUUUUCUUCUGCUUACCUUCUAAAGCCAGACCUCACUACUACUAAACAGCCACAGACCACUACACGUUCAAAAUUCAAAGUUACGUCAUCUGCAGAUCAUCUUUACCCUCAGAUGUUGCAUCCCCACUUGCCUUUUACUGCAAGGCCACGAAUGAUGCAACCUGUGACCAAACCUCCCCAUAUUCCCCAGAAGCCACCUGCCAGCAACCUGCAGAUUCCAGAACAAGUAUUCCCUUCAACUUAUACAGAAGCUUUAUCCCUGCUCUCAAAUUCUUAUCCACUGUAUCUCCAAAGAUUACUUGAGAAACCUGGGCCAUUGUAUCCUACAAUGUCUCAGAAAGGUCAAGGUGAACACAUGCCCUCCCAUUUAUUUUGUUCUCAAAAGAUGUUGGACACAAAACCAUCUGUACUUUCUCAGCUAUCAUGGCCUGAAAUGUUUAAAAGUGAGGUGCACCAGCUAUUUCAGCUUGUGUGCAUCCAGAUGGAGGCAGCCUUAAAACCUCCAGAUGUUUCCCAGCCACCAUACUCUGACACUGUAAAGGGUCAGGUAUAUGAGCCAUUCAACCUCUUGUGUGCCUUGCACAGGACCCAGCUGAAACAUUCAAAAACACCUCAAGGUCAAGUCUAUUACUCAUUUUACUUGUUCUGCCACCAGCAGAAACAAUCCUCAAAGCCUGCUGAUGUUGCACAAGAAACUCCCAAAGGCAAUCUAUACCAGGCUUUAUAUCCCUUCUAUUUUCAGACCCCUCAAAAACUCUCUGGAGAUAAUGAGCCCUCUCAACCUGUGACUCCUCAAGCCCAAGUAUACCCACAGCAAACUCAGAAACCUGCUGUAACUGAGCCACCACAAUCGAUGACUCCUGAAGCCCAUGUAUACUCACCAUACUUUCCCUUCUAUUCCUACCCAAAACCAACCCACAAGCCUGCAACCCAACCGCCACAAUCAGCAACUCCUCAAACUCCAGUAUACUCGCCAUACUUUCUCUUCUAUCCCCACCCAAAACCAACCCAGAAACCAGCAACUCAACCAUCACAAAUGGCAACUCCCCAAGCACAAGUACACCCACGGUUCUUUCCUUACUUUGACCAACCAAAGCCACUUCAGAAACUUGAUGUAACUCGACCACCACAAUCUGUAACUUCUCAACCCCAAGCAUACCCAUCUCCAUUCCAUUUCUAUUCUCAACCAAAGCCAACCCAGAAACCUGCAACUAAGCCACCACAAUUGGCAACUCCGAAAGCCCAAGUGUACCGACCAUUUUUCUACUUCUAUACCCCUCCACAGGUGGCUCAGAAACCUGCUGUUACUCAAGCCCCACAGCCUGCAGCAUCUCGGAACAAAGUUUAUGAUCAGUUCUCUGACAUCUACCCCAAACCAGAGCCACCUUCAGUGCCCACAGCAGUUUCUCAAACCCAGCAGUCACAGCCUCCUUGGGGCCAGCUAAACCAGCCAUUCUACUCUUAUCACCCAAGUACCCUGACCCAAUCAAAGCCAACUUCAAGAUCUACAGCUGAAUAUCAUAAGGACCAAGGACAACAAAAGCAAAGGUGCUUUUAUUCUCAGCUGUUGCCUGGAAAUCAGCUGGCAAAAAUUCCAACUAACACUGCUCUGGGACAUGGACCCUGUCUGCAGUCUAAACCACCAGCUGUGGAAAUGAGUGAAAGUGCUUCCCUGGUGAACCAUUUCCAUUAUUCACAACCUCCUGUUGCAAACCCUCUUCAAGGCCAGUUUAAAAACCCCUUCAACAUGUUUUAUUACCCACAGCAACCUCAUGGUAUGCAACAGUCUGAUGUGUUUGCCGUUUUGUCAAGUGAGCAAAAAAUGGAAUCUCCCCCAUCAAAACAAGGUAACCCUGUUUACUGUCCUCAAUAUUGUCCUUCUGUAUUAUCCAAUUGCUGUCUACAAAUAGUUUUGCAUCAUCAUUUUUACAGUUGUAUCCCAGGUGAUAGUAAAGCUGAACCUCAGUUGUACACAAGUUUCUUGCCAGUGUCUCAUCCUAUCUUUAGCCAAGGCUUGGAAACUGCUGAAAUUCCACAAAAACUUUCUGCACCAGUUCUGCAAGCUGGAAGCGCUAGUGCUUCAGCACAAACUUCUCCUUGGGCACCUCAAACUUCUGAUGCAUAUGAAUACUUUCUCCAACCACCAGAUGGCAUUGUUGCACUACCCAGGAGAAGUCUUUCCACGAUUGCAAAUGAAGAGCCAGUUUCUUAUUUUGGAACAAAAUUUCCAAAUUACAUGUUACAUGGAGCACAAAACAUGGUACUGCCACACUUGGAACAAGGAAAAUCUGAAUCUCCCAAUGACCCGUCUCAACUGCGGAUGCCUGACGGUGAACAAGUGAAGUCAGUUGUGCAAUAUGAACCUUUUACCAUCCAAUUUCCUGAACAAACUAUCCAUUCUAGGCCAAAUUUUAUGCUUUAUCUUGGCCAACAUGCUCUACAUGUAGGAGAGUUACAAAAUAAACCUGCUGUUGCGCAGCGGUCAUUGCACAAAUCUAAUUAUAAAAGUUCAACACAUCACAACUUUAAACGUGCAAUUGACAGGUUUUUCUCUCCUUACUCUAUGCCUGGAGAUUCUCCUGAGUCAAAUAGCUCUGUGGGCCUUAAUGGUAUUCAAGAACAGCCAUCUGAGACGGGGUCAAAUAAUUCAACCAAAGAACACAAAACUCAAAAUUUGUAUUCAGAACCACGAAGUUAUGUCCUCCUACAGCGUGGCCCACCAGGAAAGGAGCCCAAACGUUUUGGAGAGUUGAAUUAUGGUGCAAACUCAAAAGCCCUAAAACUAAGACAAAAUUCUCAUCUGCAAGCAUUAAAGUCUUUGCAGGAAAAACGACAAAAAUUAAAGCGGUUGGGUAAAGGAGCAUCUAGUCAUUCACUUAGUAGCAACUAUUUGCAGAGGGAUGGUGACUCAUCAGGUUUGUUUACCACGUCUGACCCAAAUACAGUGAAUUUUCACCAUGAACAAUCUUUCAGUGCUGACAAAUUAAAGCCUAACGUUCUGAAAUCACUUGACCUCUGGAAGUCCCAAACACCUUCAGAUUUCAGCCAAUUGUUUCUAGCCAAUGUUCCAGAAAAGACAGAAGUGAAGAGUGAUACGAUGGACCAACAGAAAAGAACAAACCUCUUCAGAUGGAUAAAAGGAAUUUAAAUAGGAAAUGAGUUUUUUCAUAAAAAAAAAAAACAAAAACAAAAAAA